CGAGACGUCACGACGACACGGACCCCGCACGUAACUUCUCGUGGGCGGGCAAACCGCUUGCAGGGCGGGGCUGGGCUGUGGGCGGGGGAGCUGCGCAGGUGAGCUCACCUGGGUGAAGGAGCGAGCGAGGAAGAGAGCGGCGAGGAGAGAGACUCACAGACGGUCCCGACUCGCGUACGCCCCCAACAUGUCACGUGACCUGCAGCACUCCCCCAUGGACCUGCGGCUGACGCCCCCGGGGCGAGCGAUGAGAGGAGGACACCUGGGCGGAGCGCUCGCCACCCUGGAGAAGCGAGGCCUCCUCGCGCCGCCAGGGCACUUCCAUCCCGACGAGAUCCCAGACCUCUUCUACCCCUCGGGCACCCAUGGUCUCUUUCCUCCCUCGGGCAGCGUCGGUGCCGGCGUGCCCCCGCGCUUCCCAGGUGCCCUUGGGGCCCCGAGGCGCCGCUACAUAUCGUUCAUGGUGGAGGAGAUCCUGAAGGGCGACAGCGACGGACGGGAGAGCGAGGACGACUCCUUCGUGGACUUGGCGACAUCGGACAGACGCAAGCAGAAGCGACCCCUCCUCACGAGGGAUGCGGAGAAUCACGACGUCAUGGUGGAGUUCAACUUUGACCCGAGGGACGCACCCUUCACCUUCCUGUCCCCCGUGCCGCGCUGGGUGAUCCCCGCCAUUCCUCGGGGAUCGGCGACUUCCUCGGACCCAGGUCCCAGGGCCCAGGCCGGAGCCGGGGGGAGUGCGGUGGGCCCCGUGGGGGGUGCGGUGGGCCCCGUGGGGGGUGCGGUGGUCCCCGGGGGGGGUGCUGCGGUGCCCGCCGUGUCCCCGCCGUUCCCGCGGGACCGUUGUGCGAAGCGGCUCCGCAGGAACCGGACGGUGUUCACCGAGUCGCAGCUCGCGUGCCUCGAGACCAAGUUCGAGAAGCAGAAGUACCUCUCCACGCCCGACAGGAUUGAUUUGGCCGGAUGUCUGGGCCUGACUCAACUUCAGGUGAAAACCUGGUACCAGAAUCGGCGCAUGAAAUGGAAGAAAAUUGUGGUAGGCAGCGGCUUGCUUUCCCCCACGAAGCCCAAGGGUCGACCCCGUAAGGACUCAAUUCCGUCCAGCCGAGACCUGGAGCAGCUGGAGAGGUUGCAGCAGAUGGAGCAGGAGGUGGAGCUCAGCUCUCCCCUCCUCCCCAGCCCAACGCCCACGGACCAAAGCCAUCCCAGCUCUCCAUCUCCUGACGCAGCCGCAGCAGCAGCAGCAGCAGCAUCAUCUCCUGCUGCAUCGACAUCACUCUCCGGAGAUGUGUCCUCAGUUGCGUCUCAAGCUUCUUCAACUGCGUCGUCUCCUGGAGCCAGGGAGCCUGGUGCUGCUGCUGCUGCUGGUGGUGCUACUUCUCCCGCUGCAGCCUCAACUCCAGCCACAAAUCCGACUCUGUCAUCACCAGCUUCAGCCACAUGCGACGACGACGCCUCGAGGGGAGGGGCGCUGCCAUGUCGAGCCGCAGUCGUGACCACCAGGGCAGUUGCUCGCGCUCCAGGCUCUUCAGCGGCACCCGAGCGGGCAGCAGCAGCGUCUAGCUUAGGGCAGCAGCGUUGUCUACUGCGGGAGUAACCACAUCUACCAACGGGGCCGCAUUGAUUAGAAGGGACAAAGACAAAGAUUCCCUGUAUAGCCGAACAGACUGUUGGGGCAAGUGCUUUUUGCGAGCGCCCUUUGAAGGCUAAAACGGUGCACGAGGGGGUGGGUGGCCAGCAACACGCCCGGUCGUCUUUGUUUCCCUAGUGGCGAUGAUUUUACACGCCGCACCAGAUACUCAUUUGAGGCCGAGUGGAUCUAGCGGAGGCCCAGGACCGGUUCAGAUAAUCGUCACUGGCGUUGGCGGUGAGAGGAAAUCGAACUCGGGUUGCCGGGUUCGUAGCGCAGCGCGCUAGCCGCUACACUACCACUUCCCACAUUUCAUUACGUCUCCCCCUUUUACGUCAUUUGGCAAAUAAGUCGUCACUUUAUUAAGACCACUACCUGGUUUGCGUCGCCUAAACCCACACUUACGUUGCUGACGCCAUCCGUCCUGUCUGUUAUCCGUCGCCUCUCAGCCUUCGCAUUCUCCUACCCUGUUAUCGUUUCGAUUGACGUCGUUUCCAUACUCGUCGUCGCACCUUUCAGGAACGCAUCCCCGACGUUAUUCGGGGUUUGCCUGUAUAUAUUUAUAGAUUUCUCACAUUGUAUUUCACCACAUUUUAAACGAUGUUUUUUUUCCCUACCCUGGUACUUAUUUUUCAUGUUACGUAUAUUCUGCCGUUCAGACACAAAUCGUGUUGAUGAUUGUAUAACAUGUGAUGUAGGGAGCAGAGGCGCUGCAGUUCACGCACUGCACUAGCAAACCCAGCACAUUGAGUUUGACUCCUGGCCAAGGCUAAUCUAAGUGGCGAGUGAGAUCUGAACCGUUCGCGGGCCCUCCCAUAAGUCGAGGCAGCCUUUUAAAACGAGUACCCGGUCGGGUGUGUAAACAUCAGCACGUCCCACACCGUCCCAGCCUUCGUAUGGUGCUCGCUAACAGCACUUGCUCCAAGUCUGUUAAAGGCUAUCUGGGGGAUCUUUGUGUUUUUUGUCACGUGCGACGUGGAGGGGAGCGCUCCCUCGAUUUAAGAGAGCGAUAUUGUGUAUGUAACACUUUAUGUGCGUGUGGGUAAAAUCGGGAGUACUUCAUUGUACACCUUCGCUCUCUAUACCGUCACGUGGCGCGUGCUUUGUAAUCAUCGCAGACCCGUAGCUCGCGUUGGCUUGGUUUGCAUUUGAACCGACACGGUUGGUCAGGCACGAGUAGGUGGACGGACCGUGGUUGAGGUCGCCAGGACCGUGGGUGCUAUGCGGGGAAACCCCGGGCCAAUUGGUCUCGGCGGCAUGGCGUGGCGCCGCUGGUGAUGAGAGGGGAACAUCGGUAAAUCACCCCCCCCCCCCACCCCCCCGUGGAUAAUGCCUGCAGGCAGAGCCAGUCUGGGCGUCGCCCCCCACACAGCCGUCCGCAGUGUGAAGAAUGGAUGAAUAAUCAUUCACGAGUUGGGCUGGCGCACAGUUUAGCAGAACCGUCGCCUAAUUAUUGCUUUUACUCACGAUGGGCAAACGCGUUCAGGAGCUAAAUGCCAACGUUGAGGUCGCCUCUGCAGGGGAAGCGUGCUGCAGUAGCAGAGACGAGACCGAGAGAGAGAGUUCUAGUUUCUGCGUUUCCUCUGUUAAAGGAGCGCCGACAGCAGUUGUUCACUAUACGGGAGCAUAGUUUGGGUCGCAUGGCCACCAUCGCACCGCUUGUGUCUUGAAUGUUCCAUUGCUGUGGUUGUCCCACCUGAUGACGAUUACUUGUGUUGCGAUCGAAACGUCGUGAUCUAUUAAUUUUCUACCGACGUGACUUUACCGAAAGAACUAAAGGGUAUGGAUUCCUGCAGUCACGAAAGCUUCAAAUCAACAAUUACUCAGUUUCACAGGUAGUCAGUCGGCUUUCGCGACCAAUACCCAUCGUACAGGUGUUUUUUUUUCCGUGCUAAAUCGUGUAAAUAUUUAUUUGCGACGCGUGUGUGUUUAUUUACGCGAUCUAACCCAACAAAACUGUAUUGUGAACAAUCGCUCGCCAAUACGUUCUUCAAUAUAGCACUGCCUAAAAACUGGGCACCAACACAUGUAUCGUAGGUCACAGAUGAAGAAGACAAGUGGCCUUCGUCAUAGCGCAUCGGUCGGGGCAACGUUUCAUUCGAGUCUGUCGGGCUACAUUGUCGGACGCAGAAGAUCGGCGGGCAGCAACAGCAUUCGUUGUAUUGCACCGUCAUAGCGCAUCGGUCGGGGCAACGUUUAAUUCGAGUCUGUCGGGCUACUUUGUCGGACGCAGAAGACCGGCGGGCAGCAACAGCAUUCGUUGUAUUGCACUUCUGUACUCUCCGACGUCACCAAUGCGCACUGACGAUGCGUGGUGAAGUAUGGUCAAACAACCCCCACGACCCGAAUGGCGUGGGGAAGCGCCCCCCCCCCCCCCCCCCCCC